AUGGAGGCCUGGCCCUGGGCAGGGUCAGUAUCCACAGAGGAUGGAGGUCACUCCAGUGGAGGCUCCCUCAAUCAAACAACAUGUGGGGUGCUGAGCGGCCGGCGCACUGCCAUGCGUGGUGAUGCCAGUGAAAUACUCUGUGUUCAUCGGGCGUUACAUAAGCAGAGGGCCCCAACCCAACGAAGUGAGAUCGCACCAAUCACUCAGUUCAUCAACCACCCGGGAUACAACGAGGCCACCCCAAAGAUAACGACAUGUCCACCUCUCAAAGCUGUCUCCCCUCCGUUCACCUUCACAGACUACAUAAAGCCUGUGUGCCUGGCGGCCCUCCGGCCAGUGACCCUCCCAGUGGCACAGACACCUGUAUCACAGGCUGGCGGGGGACAUCAUUCUGGAGCGUGA